CGCUGCGGUCUGCAGACUCCCGCGUGUCCCACGAGCCGCCGAGAUGCUGUCCUGCCGCCUCCAGUGCGCGCUGGCCGCGCUCGCCAUCGUGCUGGCCCUGGGCGGCGUCACCGCGGCGCCCUCGGACCCCCGACUCCGCCAGUUUCUGCAGAAGUCCCUGGCUGCGGCCGCCGGGAAGCAGGAGCUGGCCAAGUAUUUCUUGGCAGAGCUGCUGUCGGAACCCAACCAGACGGAGAACGAUGCCCUGGAGCCGGAAGAUCUGCCCCCGGCUGCGGAGCAGGACGACCUGCGGCUGGAUCUGCAGAGGUCUGCUAACUCGAACCCUGCCAUGGCGCCCCGAGAACGCAAGGCUGGCUGCAAGAAUUUCUUUUGGAAGACGUUCACGUCCUGCUAGUUCCACCAAUUGUCCGAAUCACGCAGCUGAUCCCUUUCCUCCAAACCCCCUUUCUCCUCCCCAGCCCCCAAAUCCUCAGCAAGACCCUUGCAUUAGAAAUUGAAAACUGUAAAUAUCAAAUAAAAUUAUGGUGAAAAUAUAGAAA